CGGUGACCGUGCGUAACUAGGCAACAACAUCCUCUUCCGGUACAUGACGCGUUAGUUAGUAUGUAGCAGUACUUGCAUACUCAAAAGUAUGCACUUUUUCUUCACCGAAAGAGUCCAUAAUUUUAGUGCAGAGUAUAAAUAAGUGAAUUGAGACGCAGGGACAUACUACGUUUCACUCGCUUUAAAACGUCAUUGGCUGAAUUACUGGGUUGAGUCCUAAAUGUUUUUAGCAGAUAGUGCACUACACACAGCGUAGAGGUCCUUUAUGUCACUCCCUAAAUAGUGCGCGAGUAUAGGAAGGACGCUAUUAUUUGGAACACAGCCACUCAUUUACCUUACGCUUUACCUGUAGGAAGAUUUAAGCGGCUGGUUAGACGCAGAAACAAUGGCUAUUAAUGUGUUUUCGGUGUUGUCGCAUUUUUUGGAAGAAUACGCGACCGGCACGCCGACUAAACUCAAAGUAAUAGAUGCAUAUUUGCUGUACAUGUUACUGACAGGAGCUUUUCAGUUCCUGUACUGCCUGCUGGUGGGGAGCUUCCCGUUCAACAGCUUUCUGUCAGGCUUCAUUUCCUGUGUAGGAUCAUUUACUCUUGCAGUGUGUCUGCGCAUCCAGGUCAAUCCGCAGAAUAAAGGACACUUCAUGUUUGUGUCGCCUGAAAGGGCUUUUGGUGACUUCCUGUUUGCACACACCAUCCUCCACCUCGUAGUGGUCAAUUAUAUUGGCUGAAUGAAGUUCACCUUCUUACCUGGUGCUACUUUUUGCAGGUGUGGAGAUGAAAUAUGGAGGCCUUACUGACCAGCAACUGUCUAUGAACGACAGCUCAUGCCAUGAAAAUGCACAUUGUAAUAUGUUUAAUAUUGUUGUUUUUUACUGUUUUGUGCUUGUCCAUCUCAGGAAUAAAGUUUUCUACCUUUUUAAAAACUGUUACAAUGAGUAAAUGAGGAAUAAAGGUAUUUUUAAAAACUA